AUGGCUUCUUUCCGACUAACGAUCGAGGAUGGUCAGUUCCGAGACGGCCAUGGCCGACAGGUCGUGCUGCGCGGGAUCAAUGUGGCGGGCGACGCAAAGCUACCGUCUGAACCUAAUCAACCAUCCCACAUCGGCGACGACUUUUUCAAUGGCGACAAUGUUCGGUUUCACGAGCGCCCGUUCAGCAAACAAGACGCGCCGACGCAUUUUGCGAGAAUAAAGCGCUAUGGUUUCAACACUAUUCGCUACCUUUUCACGUGGGAAGCCAUCGAGGCAGCUGGUCCGGGCAUCUAUGACGACGACUUCAUACAGCAUACCAUUGAGAUUUUACGAAUAGCCAAGUCCUACGGCUUCUACGUAUUCAUGGAUCCUCACCAAGACGUUUGGUCCAGGUUCACCGGCGGCUCAGGAGCUCCCUUGUGGACGCUUUAUGCUUGCGGCCUGAACCCCCAGAGCUUCGCUGCGACCGAGGCUGCCAUUGUGCAAAACACGUACCCUGAGCCGGACAGCUUCCCCAAAAUGAUUUGGUCGACCAACUAUCACAGACUUGCCGCAGGAACCAUGUUUACGCUAUUCUUUGCCGGCAAGGAUUUUGCGCCGAAUUGCAUCCUCGACGGCGUGAAUAUCCAGGACUAUUUGCAGAGUCACUUCAUCAAUGCCUGUGCACAUUUAGCCAAGCGAAUAAACGAAGCGGGAGACCUUUUGGAUCAAGUUGUCGUUGGCUGGGAAAGCAUGAAUGAACCGAACAGAGGCAUGACGGGCUACGUGGACUUGACCGUCAUUCCCAAGGACCACCCCUUGAAGAAGGGUACCUGCCCCACAAUGUGGCAGACCUUCUUGACGGGCAUGGGCAGAGCUUGCGAGAUUGACACGUGGGACAUGGGAGGUUUGGGUCCGUACAGAACCGGUUCUACGCUGGUCGACCCCCGUGGAGAGAUUGCCUGGCUACCGGAAGGCUACGACGAUUCAAAGUACGGCUGGAAGCGUCAUCGUGGGUGGAAGCUGGGCGAGUGUCUGUGGGCGCAGCACGGAGUAUGGGACCUGUCGACAGACACUAUGCUCAAGAAGGACUACUUUUCCAAGAAUCCGAGGACGGGGAAAACGAUUGACUACCCCGAGUUUACCAAUUCGUACUUUCUGGACUUUUGGAGAAAGUAUAGCAAAGCAUGUCGAGCCCAUCACAACGACUGCAUCAUGCUGAUGCAAUAUCCCACACUGGAGCUCCCUCCACUGAUCAAGGGAACCGAAGAUGACGACCCGCUCAUGGCAUUCACGCCACACUUUUACGACGGCAUCACGUUGAUGACGAAGCACUGGAAUAGCACGUGGAACGUUGACGUGGUCGGCGUGCUUCGUGGCAAGUAUCUCCAUCCCGCUUUUGCCAUCAAAAUCGGCGAAACGGCCAUCAGAAACUGUUUGAGGGACCAGCUUGCCACGCUUCGACAAGAGGGUCUGGAUCGUACAGGAAAGCAUCCGUGCCUGCUCACCGAGUUUGGUAUUCCGUACGACAUGGACGACAAGAAGGCAUAUAAAACCGGCGACUACUCGAGCCAAUCAGCUGCCUUGGACGCAAACUACUAUGGCGUAGAAGGUUCGCAGAUUGAGGGACACUGCCUCUGGGUCUAUACUGUCAUCAAUGACCAUGAGCGUGGCGAUCAGUGGAACGGCGAGGAUCUCUCCAUCCAUUCCCUCGACGACAAGCUGCCGCCGCUCUCUCCUCUGCCAAAAAGCGCUUUGGUCAACCAGUCCGCCACCAGCCUUUUGAAGCUUUCCACGACGAUGAACAACAAAAGUAUGGGCGACGAUGAGAGUGUCACACCGGGCAACAUCCAGCGCACAUUGACCACGCAAUCCAUCAGCUCCAGCCUGUCAGCGAAGGAUCCCGAGUUGACCAAUGCUCCGGGAUACCGAGCUGCGGAGGUGUUCAUCCGACCAACGCCAACCGUGGUAGCGGGCAACGUGCUGUCUACUGGCUUUGAUCUCCGGCGAUGCGUGUACGAGCUGAAGGUAUCGGCUCCAAAGCCGGCAGGGGACGACGCGCCGACUGUUGUUUUCCUUCCCGAGUACCAUUUCGUGAAGGAUCAAUGUGAGAUAUCUGUCUCGGCUGGAAGGUGGGAACUUGGUUUCGACGAAAGUGAAGGGCCCAUUCUCCAGCGGCUGAAGUGGUGGCAUCCAGAAGGAGAGCAUACCAUGAGGGUUCAAGGUGUUGUCCGAAAACACAAUGUUCCACAGGGAUCAGCGGAAGAAGCCGGAUAUCUCGAACAAUGCCAGCAAGGCUACGGUUUCAAUCUUGGGAACUGCACGCUCAUGUGA